AUGGAAAAGGUGAGUACUCAGGAUGAACAACAGCCACUCGUCUUCAUCCCACAUCAUCAUGUCUGUCGACCAUCCAGUACCACGACCAAGUUAUGGGUUGUCUUUGACGGGUCUAGCGUUAUGAACACAGGUCAGUCACUUAACGACUAUCUACACAAAGGUCAGAAGUUACAACGCAACAUUGUAAGUGUCAUAAUUAACUUCCAAUUUUCACGAUUUGUUUUCAGCGCCGAUAUUAAACAGAUGUUCCGACAAAUUCUAGUGCACCCGGUUGACAGGAAAUAUCAAUGUAUUUUAUGGCGUGCUGAUCCAUCGGAUCCUAUUCAACAAUACCGACACUAUGGCCUCGUGACAUCACCCUAUCAAGCUAUCCGGACACUACGUCAGUUAGCUGAUGACUAG